AAAGGUAUAAAAUAGGGUUUCAAAAGAUUAAAUUCAAAAGGGGGUAUCAAUAGGUCUCGAAAGUCUCAAAAAUAAGUUGAGGGCGCGCGGUUCGGACGUUUCGACGGUCGGGAUUUUUCAUGACCUGGAGAAAGCAUCGCCGCCGCGCGCACUACCAAACACCGGUCUUUCGUAAAUCUUACGGCGAAUCUGAAUAUUGUGCUCGAAGUACUGCCGGAAUAUAUAAAAAAAAUCUCUAAAUCGUUUUGAGAAUCUUUGGUGCUUGAAAAAAAAACCCUCCUGACAACUGUUGUGUUUGCGAGCAAAAUAAAUCGUAAAAAAAAAACCAAAAGGAUACCGUUGUUGACAAAUAAUAAAUAUCGGACGGGAGAAGUUGAUUAUUUCUAUUCAAGUAUUCAAGCUGGCGCUUCGGAAAGUAAACAAAUCGGAAUAAAAAUGCAAGGUUCAGUGGAAACCUGAAUAGAAGGUUCCUGUUCGUGAUUCCUUCCUUGCCUCCCCCGUGUGUUCGUGUUUGUGUCAGAUAGUGAGUGUGUAAGUGUGUGUGUGUGUGCGAGUGGUUGUUGUGUUUUUGUGUAAAAGGAAAAACAAAACAUCAGAGAGGGCAGCGGCGAGAAGAGCGGCUUGCGGCAAGAUGCCGGCGACAGCGAAUUCGUGGGUGUUGUUGCUGUUGUUCGGCGUCGUCGUCGCCGUAGAAAGCAGCAGCAUCAUCAGCAAAAAGGGCCAGCAGCAGCAGCAGCAACAGGAGUCCUUGACGUCCACGCUUCGUCCUCUCCCGGAUAAAGGUCCCUGUCCAGCCUCGUACUUUACAUGCAACGAUGGCUUCUGCAUACCGAUGCGCUGGAAAUGCGACUCCAAGGCGGACUGUCCGGAUAGGUCCGAUGAGACCAGCGAAUGCGAAAAGGCUCCCAAGUGCAACGAGGGACAGUUUCGUUGCAAGCAAAGCCGGCACUGCAUUCCGGAAAAUUGGCUCUGCGACGGGGAGUACGACUGCGGCAAGGGCGACACAUCCGAUGAAACCAACUGUCCAAAUGGUGCCGCGCCCAAGUGCCGCGCCUUCGAGAUCGAGUGUCGCAACGGCGACUGCCUGGAGUUGUCCCGCUUCUGCGACGGCCAUUGGGACUGUGAUAACGAUGAGCUGCUAUGUGAUAAACAGAACGCAGCCUGUGCCGCUCUGAACUGCAGCUACAACUGCAAGCUGACGCCGCAGGGUGCACGGUGCUACUGCCCUAAGGGCCAGGUGACCGAAUCGGCCAACUCCACCCGCUGCGUGGACUACGACGAGUGCUCCGAGCCGGGUAUCUGCGACCAGAUGUGUCGCAAUACCCCAGGCUCCUACGAAUGCUCCUGCGUCUCUGGCUACGCCAAAUCGAAAGGACGAAGCUGUAGGGCAAUUAAUGUACCACCCACGGAGGCGGCAUCGCUGACGCUGCUCCAUACCGGCGGCGUAGCUCGCAUCGGAAUCAAUGGCGAACUCAUCGAUUCCCCAGCGGAGGCAAAGGAUAAAGAUGUCGCGGCGAAUGCGACUACCGAUAAGGAGGUGGAUCUUUUCUCCAAGCACAGUAUCAUCUCGGUGGCAGCCAUGGAAGUGUGGCACCGGAAUCGCACCCUCUGCGUCCUGCACAACAACUGGCGGGAUCUGCAUCUCGAGUGCCAGCGCAUCGAUGACCGGCGGGUCAAAUGGACACUGCCCAUCUCUCCGUCGAUAGCGACGGGUCUAUCAGUUUUUACGGAACUGCGCCUGGACUGGCUGUCGGGAAAUUGGUAUUUGCUGAACGAGGACAACGGCCUGGUCUAUCUAUGCACCAAUGCGAUGACCUUCUGCCGCCUGAUCCUGCAGCAGGUGGACCACAUAUCUUCGCUGGCGGUGGACCCCACCAAGGGCUAUUUGUUCUACACGGAUUGGAAGCCCAGUUUGUCGCGUUCCCUGCCCGAUGGCACCAAUCGCACGGUCCUGGUCACCGAACAGAUUUAUCACCCCAGCAGCAUCACCCUGGACCUGGCCAAUGAGCUGGUUUAUUGGGUCGAUAUCUAUAAAGAUGUCAUCGAACGUGUGACCUACGAGGGUCAGAAUCGCUGGACUCUGAAAAAGUCAGCAGAUUCCUUGGUGCCCCUGAAAGCAAUCCAUGCUGUGGAGGUGUUUGAGAACACCAUAUUUCUGGGUCCCUGGACGGGCACUGGCAUAGUCACCUUGGACAGGUUCACCUUGAAGGCCCAAGUCCUCAUCCGGGGUAUCAGUCAUCCCAACAAUUUCCGAAUCUUCCAUCGCCAGAAGCAGCCGGAGGUGGCGCAUCCCUGCCGGGACAAUAACGGCGGAUGCAAUCAGAUCUGUGUUCCCCUGUGGGCCCGAGGAUUCGCCAGCGCCAAAUGCCUGUGCACCUCUGGCUACAAGCUGCACAACCAGACCACCUGCCUCCUCUCCGCCCUCGACAAGUUCCUGGUCUACAGCGACAAACAGCUGACCAGGAUCACGGGUGUCCCACUCGACACUGAGCAGGUGCAGCGGCUGGAGCAGAAGGGCGAGCAGCCGGACGUGAUGGUGCCCGUGUACAAUGUGCCGGGUGAACCGGACAUCGAUGUGAAUGUGCGCGGCAAGGCGAUCUUCUACGUGAGCGUGGAUUCGGUUGGCAAAGACAAGGAGCCGGCCUUGGGAAUCCGGAGUCAGUCGCUCAACGGGAGCGUUUCCCGGAUACUGGUUACUAAUCUGACGCUGGUGCACAGCCUGGCCUUCGACUGGAUCAACGAGCACCUGUACUGGUCCAUCCACCGGAAGAUCCAGGUGGCUCCUUUGCAGAAUAUCAGCAGGGUGCUGUCUUUCAAUGUGGAUUGCGAUGCCAGAUCUAUGGCUCUGGAUCCCACUACGGGCCUCUUCUACUGGACCCAGUGGACGUCCCUGAACUGUGAGGGAGGGAUCUACAGCGCCUGGAUGGACGGAACUCACAAGGAGCUACUUGCCAAGGGCACAACCGCUCUGCCCAUGCGAGCUCCCCGUAGCCUGGACGUAGACUCCCGCUCCAAGCGGCUGUACUGGUGCGACGUCGGCCUGGGCACCAUCGAGCACAUGAAGCUGGAUGGCACUGGCCGGGAGGUGCUCUUCAAAUCGAACCAGUUCCGCAUCUUCUCGAUGGUCCAGCACAACGGACUGAUCUACUGGGUGGACGACAGGAACGCCACCAUCUGGCGUUUUCCUCUGCACGGAGCCAACAUCAACAACACGGUCAGUUCGACAGUGCACCUCCAGCGGUCUGGACGGGCGGCUAAUCUCAGGAUCUUCGAUGUAGCCAUCCAGCCAUUGGCUCAGGCGCCCAGUGCCUGUUCGCAGUCCAAGUGCCCGGGCAUGUGCCUGAAUACGCCCAAGGGAGCGAUAUGUCGCUGCCCGGAUGGAUUCACCCUCAAUGGCACCGGCAGCCACUGCAUCCCGCAGCUGUUGCAGCCCCGGAUUCUGCCCAACUGCUCAUCCGGGUUCAUGUGCCGCAGCUCGUGGCAGUGCAUCGAGAGCAAGGAUCUGUGCGACGGAUUCGUGGACUGCGAGAAUGGCUUCGACGAGAGCAGUGAACUGAAUGGUCCCUGCAAUCCCAAUGUCUGCGAUAAGACGCACAAUUUCGUGUGCAAUGGACGCUGCUACCAGCGCUCCCUGCUCUGCAGCUCCAUUACCUAUUGCUCGGACGGAUCGGAUCAGGCCAACUGCGAGCAGAGCACCUGCAACAGCAACGAGUUCACCUGCGCCCUGAGUGGUCGCUGCAUCCAAAUGAGCUGGGUCAAUGACGGGGUCAUUGAUUGUGGACCGGACGACGACUCGGAUGAGUCGGCGGAGAUAUUCUUCGGCAGCAAGUGUCCGGAGUUCGAUUGUGGCAAUGGACGGUGUCGGCAGUUCCCGGAUGUGUGCGAUGGUACCGACAAUUGCGGAAACAAUGCUGAUGAGACAGAAUGCGAACAGGAGUGCGGCAUUGGGGAGAAGUACUGCCGGCCCAUUGGUUGCUACGGGGAGAUGCACAUGUGCGACGGGAUCAUCGACUGCGAGGACAACAGCGACGAGGCCAACUGCAACCAGACCAAGAGCGACAAUCAUCCGCUGAGCGGCUGGAAGGAGGUGGACGAGUGCGCCCAGCACGAGUUUGCCUGCCUGGAUCCAUUCGAAUGCAUUCCGGACUACCUUAGGUGCGACGGAAUUCCGCACUGUUUCGACAAGACGGACGAGCUCAAUUGCACCAUGAUCAAUGCCACCAGGUUUGACAUGAACGAGACCGUGAUCUGUGAGCACCCGGACCGACUGUGCGGCUUCUCGCGGCAGUGCAUCUCGGUGAAUCAGCUGUGCGACGGCAAGAACGACUGCGAGGACACCACGGAUGAGGGCUUCCUGUGCGCGGAUAAGCUGUGCGAGCGGGACCACGAGUGCUCCCACCGCUGCCACAAUACACCGGAGGGUUACAUCUGCUCCUGCCCGGAUCACUUGUACCUGCAGCCGAACGGGAAGCGGUGCAGCAUGCAGCAUGCCUGCGAUCACUGGGACAGCUGUUCCCAGGUGUGUGAGACCAGCGGCAAGGGGUACGAGUGUCGCUGCUUGGAGGGCUUCGACUUGGCCUACGACAAGUUCACCUGCAAGAGCACUGCUCCGGAUGAGCCGUACGUGAUCUUCACCAACCGCCAGGACAUCAAAGGCAUCAACCUGAAGACCCUGGAGGUGGGCAACUUCUACACUUCGCUGAGGAACAUCAUUGCCUUGGACUUUCUGUACAUUAACAAGACCAGCAUUGAGAUCUAUUGGACGGAUGUGAUCGACGACAAGAUAUACAGGGGCCAGUUGAUGGGCGAGAGUCUGCGCAACGUGGAGGCAGUCAUCCACUCGGGACUGUCCACCACAGAGGGACUGGCCGUGGACUGGGUGGGCAAGAAUCUGUACUGGAUCGACUCCAACCUGGACCAGAUCGAGGUGGCCAAGCUGAACGGCAGUUUCCGGCGCACCCUCAUUGCUGGCAACAUGGAGAGCCCCCGGGCCAUAGCCUUAGAUCCGCGCGAGGGUCUGCUCUUCUGGACGGACUGGGACGACAACUCGCCCAGGAUUGAGCGGGCCAGCAUGUCCGGCGAAGGCAGGCGCAUUAUCUCCACCAGCUGGCAGCUGAGCGCCGGCUGGCCAAAUGGGCUCACUCUGGACUACACCCAGAAGAGGGUCUACUGGGUGGACGCCAAGUCCGAUUCGAUCAGUAGCACCAUGUACGAUGGCUCCGAGCACCAUGUGGUGUUGCGCAACAAGGAGAUACUCUCACAUCCUUUUGCCAUCUCCGUGUUCGAGAACCAUGUCUACUGGACAGACUGGCGAAGUACGUCCGUGAUACGGGCCAAUAAAUGGAACGGUAGCGAUAUCCAGGUCUUGCAACGGACCACAUCGCAGCCAUUCGGCAUCCAGGUGCUGCACUCCAGUCGCCAGCCCUGGCAACCGAAUCCUUGUGGCGAAAAUAAUGGCGGAUGUUCGCAUCUGUGUCUCCUCAGUGGGCAGGGCACAUUCAAGUGCGAGUGUCCCCAUGUCAUGCGCCUGGAUCCGAGCGAUGAGCGCAACUGUGUGGCCAACGAGCAGGUCCUGCUCUUCGUGAUGGUGGAUGAGAUCCGGGGCAUUGAUCUCCACCAGCCCAAUCACCAUACGAUUCCAACUAUAAGGCAGUCGCCAAGGUUAGUGGCGCCGCAACGCAUUGACUUCCUGGUGGACGAGAGCCGCAUCUUCUGGUCGGACAUCCAGCAGAAUGAGAUCUCCAGCGCUGGGAUCUCCAAUGGCCUCAUUGAACCCAUCAUAAACACAAACAUAGAGAAGCCGUACGGAUUCGCCCUCGACUGGAUUGGUCGGAACAUGUACUUCUCCUCGGGACAGAUCAAGUGCAAUAUACUGGCCAGUAACUUGAAGGGAGAGUUCGUGACGUACAUCCACGAAAACCUGAACAUGGUGGACAGCAUAGCCUUGGAUCCAGCCAAUGGAAAAAUGUUUUGGAUUCACUCCACAUCGGAUGGCAAUCUGUCGCAACUGGAGCAGUCCAAUCUGGAUGGUUCGGGUCGGGUUCUGAUCUACGAACAUGAAAGCAGCCUUCAGAGUCUGACCAUGGACUUUGACUCCCAGCGGUUGUACUAUGCCUAUGAUGGCUCUGGCAUCGCCUACUACGACAUCCCCAGGAAUGAGACGCGGAAGGUACUGGUGGCCAGUCAGAUCACCUCCAUCAGUUCCCUGACCGUCUAUAAUGGAACUAUCUACUUCCCGGAGAAUAUCCAGAGUGUGAUUAUGCAGUGCGAGAAGGAGUCCUGCUCCAAUAUGUCCUACUUGAGGGUCAACACAAAGACCAUUCAGAGCAUGAAAAUGUUCUAUGCGGAUGCCCAAACUGGCACUAAUUCGUGCGCAGGACCACUACGUGGUGGAUGCGAACAUCUCUGUCUGGCCACCUCCGCCACGGAGCAUGUUUGCCGCUGCGCCCUUGGCUACGACAUGGAACCUAACAAUCCCGCACGUUGUGUUCCACGGGCAGAGUUUAUUUUCUACUCGAUUGAUGUCUUGCAGGGAGUGGAAAUGAUUGAUCCUGCAGAGCAGUUUGCUCCGCCACCAGCGGCUUUGGUGCCCAUUUCCCGGGUGAGUUCUGCCAGCUUCGUUGACUAUUUCGCUGCCACGGACACCCUCUACUGGGGCGACAAUGAGCUGGGCAGCAUCUCGCGGGUGAAACGCGACGGCACCCAACGUGAGACCAUUCUGGAGGCCAUCAACGUGGCCGGAUAUAAGCAGCAGGACUGGCUGGGUGGCAUUGCCAUUGACUGGGUGGCAGGGAACAUCUACUGGAGCGACACGAAGAGAAAUCUCAUCGAGGUGGCUCGUUUGGACGGAAGUCAUCGCUAUGUUGUGGUGUCUAAUGUGGACAAGCCUACAGCUCUGGCUGUGGAUCCCCUCCAGGGAAUGCUCUUUUACGUUACCCAGCAGCACAUCGGACGGGUUGGGCUGGACGGGAGUCAGCCUUUCAUCCUCGUGAACCAGACGCGUGCCAACUGGGCGGUGGGAAGUCUUGUUUUGGACAUCGAGGCCACUAAGGUGUACUGGUGCGAGCGUUAUCCAGAUGCCCUGAUGAAGGUGGACUACGAUGGCAAUCUUCGGGAACAGCUGCUGAACGAAACAUUGAACAACCCUGUGGCUCUGGCCAAGAUGGGAGACUAUCUGUAUUGGGCUGAGAACAAGUACAAUGAGGGAACCAUUAAGGUGGCUCCACUGGCCAAUCUCAGCCAGUCGAAGGUGGUGCUGCAGACGGAGCAGGACGCCAUUAGGGACCUGAAGAUCUACUCGAAGCACAUACAGCGGGGCAGCAAUCCGUGCGCCACGGCCAACGGCGGCUGCGAGCAGCUCUGCCUGUUCAAUGGAACCACUGCCAUUUGCGCCUGUGCCCACAGUCGCCUCUCCGCGGACGGCACCUCCUGUGAGCCCUACGAGAACUUCCUGCUGUUCAGCUACCGCAGCAACAUCGAGAGCAUUCACAUGACGGAUCACUCCAACAAGAACUGGCCCGUCCAGAUGAUAUCCAACAGUACCCUGAUGCGGAAUGUGAUCGCCAUCAGCUACAACUACGAGGAGCAGUUGGUCUACUACUCGGAUGUCCAGCUGAGCACCAUAAACCAGGUACACUUUAAUGGCACUGGACAGCGGGUGCUGCUGGGACAGCAGGAGCGGGUGGAGGGCCUGGCCUACGACAUUGUCAACGAGCAGCUCUUCUGGACGUCCAACAACAACGCGGCCAUCCGAAGCGUGGAGCUGCGCCACCUGGAUCUGGUGUCGGAUUGGAAUCAUAAGCAGGUGAAGAACGUACUCAAGCUGCGGGAGAAGGACAAGCCGCGAGGCAUUGCCGUGGAGCCGUGUCUGGGCAUGAUCUACUGGACGAACUGGAACGAGGAGGCCCCUUGCAUUCAGAGAGCUUUCCUCACCGGAUACGGCGUGGAGAGUAUCAUCAAGACGGACAUCAAGAUGCCCAAUGCCCUGACUCUGGAUCUGGAGCAGCAGAAGCUGUACUGGGCGGACGCCAGGCUGGACAAGAUCGAGCGCGCCAACUACGAUGGUAGCCAUCGGGUGGUCCUGGCCCACUCCACGCCCAAGCAUGCCUUCGCCAUGGCCGUGUACGGUGACCUGCUCUUCUGGACCGACUGGGUGCUGCACGCCGUGGUGCGAGCCAACAAGUUCACCGGCACGGAUGUCCUCUUCCUGCGCGAGCACGUCACCCGGCCCAUGGGCAUUGUGGCGGUGCAGAAUAGCAGCGUGAACUGCGACUCCAACCAGUGCAAGAUCCUGAACGGUCAGUGCGAGGAUGUGUGCAUCCUGAACGCGAGUGGCCAGGCCACUUGCCACUGCACCCAGGGUGUCCUGGCAGCGGACGGGCGCCGUUGCAUCGCCCCCGUCAACACGAAUUGUGGAAAAUCCCAGUACAACUGCCACUCCGGAGAGUGCAUACCCAUGGAGCUGACCUGCGACAAUGUGACCCACUGCGCAGACGGCUCGGAUGAGUGGCGCAGCUACUGCAUCUUCCGGGAGUGCCCCGAGACGCACUUUAUGUGCCAGAACCAUCGCUGCAUUCCCAAGGAGAACAUGUGCGAUGGCCAGCACCAAUGUGGCGAUGGCAGCGACGAGGCGGCCGUACUCUGCAAGUGCCAGAGGGAGGAGUUCCGUUGCGGCAGCGGGGAGUGCAUUCCCCGCAAGUUCCGCUGCGACAACAUGAAGGACUGCCGGGACUUCAGCGAUGAGAAGGACUGCCCCCCGAUGCCUUGCGAGGCUGGCGACGUAACCUUCGAGCACUGCGGCAACAGCACCAUCUGCAUCAUGCCCAGCUGGCGGUGUGACGGCGACCCCGACUGUCCUGAUGGCACCGAUGAGCUGAACUGCGGCAACCGCACCAGCGGCAGCUGCGACAUUGGCCAGUUCCGAUGCGCCACCGGGAACUGUAUCUCCGGAUCCUGGCACUGUGACGGGGAGAAGGACUGUCCCGAUGGCAGCGAUGAGUUGGAGUGCCGCCAUGAGUGCCACGGCAGCCAAUUUGCCUGCGACAACGGCUGCAUCCCGGCCAGCUUCCAGUGCGACGGCAAAAGCGACUGCGAGGACGGUACGGAUGAGGGUCCUCAAUGUCCCAGUCGGCCGUGCCGACCUCAUCUGUUCCAGUGCAAGAGCUCCGGACGGUGCAUCCCCCAGAAGUGGGUCUGCGACGGCGAGAAGGACUGUCCCGGAGGCGACGAGGGCAGUGAAGACGAAGGACCCCAGUGCGGAACGGUUGCUCACAUUCCUGAUUGUCCACCGCCGGCUCAUCUUUGUUCAAGUGGUCUCUGCAUCGAUUCCCAGUACGUGUGUGAUGGCGACGAGGACUGCCCUGGAGGCGAUGACGAGUACGAGGGUUGUGUGCCGGUCUAUCCGCCGCAUGCUUGUCCGGGUGGCUCACAAAUGCAUCAGUGCCAGGACGGACUGUGCAUCUUCCGGAACCAGACGUGUGAUGGCAGGCAGGACUGCCGCGACGGAUCGGAUGAGCUGGCCAGCCUGUGUGCCCACACCCGUGGGUGCAACGGAACGGACGACUUCCGGUGCAAGAACGGAGCCUGCAUCAGCGUGGACUUGCUCUGCGAUCGGAGGGAUGACUGUGCCGACUACUCCGACGAGGAGCUGUGCAACGUGAACGAGUGCCUAAUUCGGGAUAUUUGCGAGCACGAGUGCGAGGACAAGGUGGUGGGCUACAAGUGCCACUGCCGGCCAGGCUACAAGGUCCUGCCCAAGAGUCCCCACCUCUGCACGGAUAUCGACGAGUGCGACGAGCAGCAGCCGUGCUCCCAGACCUGCAUCAACACCUACGGCUCCUACAAGUGCGGCUGUGCCAAGGGGUAUACCCUGGUCGAUUCCCACACCUGCAAGGCCACCAGCAACAUAUCCAUGGAGCUAAUCUUCUCCAACCGAUACUACAUCCGGCAGGUGAACAUGGUGGGCAACGGCACCAUCCUGAUCAACGAGCUGUCCAAUGCGGUGGCUCUGGACUUUGACUGGGACAGCCAGUGCCUGUACUGGUCCGAUGUGACCAGCAUAGUGGGCACCAUCAAGCGGUACUGCCCCAAGGAGAACAAGACCCAGACCCUGCACCAGAACGUCCUGAAGAAUCCCGAUGGCUUGGCUGUCGACUGGGUGGCCAAGAACCUCUACUGGUGCGACAAGGGCUUGGACACCAUCGAGGUGUCCCAGCUGGAUGGCAAGUAUCGACGGGUGCUGAUAAGUGAGAACCUGCGAGAGCCCCGUGGCAUUGCCCUGGAUCCGUACCAGCGGCACAUCUUCUGGUCGGAUUGGGGCGACAAUCCGCACAUCGGCAAGGCAGGCAUGGAUGGAUCCAACCCCAGGAUGAUUAUCCGGGAUGGUUUGGGUUGGCCGAAUGCCCUGACCAUCAGCUUUGAGACUCAGCAACUGUUCUGGGGCGACGCCAGGGAAGAUACCAUUUCGGUGAGCGAUCUGGAAGGCAAGCACACGCGCCUGCUCCUGGCGAGGAGCAUCAAUCCUCUGCUGAACCUGCACCAUAUCUUCGCCAUCGCCGUGUGGGAGGGACGUGUCUAUUGGUCCGACUGGGAGACCAAGUCCAUCGAGUACUGCAGCAUCUAUGGCGACCGCAACUGCACCACCUUGAUUACCACUAUCCACCGACCCAUGGAUCUCCGCAUCUUCCAUCCCUACCGCCAGCAACAGCCCCUGAGUGGUAAUCCCUGCCUGGCGGCCAACUGCUCCACCCUGUGUGUCCUCUCCCCUGAGGCUCCCUACUACAAGUGCAUGUGCCCCACAAACUUCAUUCUGGCGGACGAUGGCCGCACCUGCCGGGCCAACUGCACCGCAGCCCACUUCGAGUGCAAGAAUACCUACAAAUGCAUUCCGUUCUACUGGCGGUGCGAUACGCAGGAUGACUGCGGCGACGGCAGCGACGAGCCGGACACUUGUCCGCCCUUCCACUGUGAGCCGGGACAGUACCAGUGCGCCAACAAGAAGUGCAUCCACCCGUCCAAUAUCUGCGAUGGCGCCAACCACUGCGGCGACGGAUCGGAUGAGAUCGAUUGCGACAAGUUCACCUGCUUCGAUACGCAUCUGAAGUGCGGCGCCACGUCCAACUCCAGUGCCUUCUGUGUGGACAAUGGAAAGCGGUGUGACGGAGUACGGGAUUGUCCCGGUGGCGAGGAUGAAACCGGAUGCCUACCGCUGGUCUGCAAGAGGCACGAGUUCCAGUGCGGCAACAAUCGUUGCAUGCCCUUCGUUUGGGUCUGCGAUGGCGAUAUCGACUGUCCCGAUAAGUCGGAUGAGGCCAACUGCGAGAACUUGUCAUGUGGUCCCAAUGACUUCCAGUGCGAUUCAGGACGCUGCAUACCCAUGGCGUGGCGCUGCGAUGACGAGGCUGAUUGUCCCAACGGCGAGGAUGAGCCGGCCAGUUGCUUCACCUCCAAGGCCACCUGCGACCCCACCUACUUCAAGUGCAACAAUACCAAGUGCAUACCGGGACGCUGGCGGUGCGAUUACGAGAAUGAUUGCGGCGAUGGCAGCGACGAGAUGAACUGCCAGAUGCGCAAUUGCUCGGAGAGCGAGUUCCGGUGCGGAACGGGCAAGUGCAUCAAGCACAACCACCGCUGCGAUGGGGAGAUCCACUGCGACGACAGUAGCGACGAGAUCAACUGCAACAUCACCUGCAAAGCGAACCAGUUCAAGUGUGCCGCCUUCAAUACCUGCAUCAAUAAGCAAUACGAAUGUGAUGGCGAUGACGACUGUCCGGAUGGUUCUGACGAGGUGAACUGCACCUGCCCCGCCGAUCAUUUCAGCUGCGGCAACGGCAAGUGCAUCAUGUCCCGCUGGAAAUGCGAUGGCUGGGAUGACUGCCUGGACGGCAGCGACGAAAGCCUAGAGACCUGUGCCCACGUCCACUGCCAUGCCAACGCCUUCAAGUGCAAGAAUCAAUUGUGCGUCCGGAACUCGGCGCUCUGCGAUGGCGUCGACGAUUGCGGCGACAACGAGGACGAGUCCGAGAAGGUGUGUGCGGCGUUGCCCAAGUGCCGGCAUGACCAGUUCCAGUGCGAGAACGACGACUGCAUCUCAAAGAUCUUCCGCUGCGACGGUCAGUACAACUGCAUCGAUGGCUCCGAUGAGAUGAACUGCCAGCCGCCGGUGUGCGGCUUCGGCAGUUGCUCUCAGAUUUGCAUUGAAAAGAAGAUGGGCCACUACAACUGCAAGUGUGCCGAUGGCUACCACAAAGGUCCGGAGAAGAAUGCCACUUGUCUGGCCUCUGGGCCGGAUCAGAUCCUUCUGCUGGCAUCCGAGCAGGAGUUCAGAUUCAUUCUGCCAGCCAAGCAGGAGGGAACCACCGUGGUCGGCUUUUUCCAAACGGAUAGUUUGAAGAUAGACGUGUUUGAUAUACUGAUCAGACCGAAGGACACGCUGCUCUUCUGGAUUGACUCGCAUCAUGGCAAAGUGCACACCAUGAAAAUAGCCACGCCGCAUGUGGAGGAAACAGGACUGCGAGUGCGUCGGGAUCUCAAGGAGCUGACGGCUUUUAAUAUCCCAGAACUGGAUGAUCCAAAGUCCCUGGCUGUGGACUGGAUUACCCAACGGGUAUACAUCAUCGAUUCGCGGCAUAAUCAAAUUGUGGUCACCGACAUUGAGGGCAAAAAGUACAUAUCCCUUGUGUCCACCGGUCUGAAUCCCACGGACAUUGUCCUGGAACCGGAGUCGCGUAUCAUGAUCUGGUCCACCCUGGAGAACGGCAUCCUGGUGGCUUCGCUGGACGGCAGCAAUAAGAAGAGCCUGGUAGAGCGCGACGUGGGUUGGCCGAUCAGCCUUUCCAUGGACUAUCCCACUGGUCGGCUGUACUGGGCGGACUACCGUAAGGGCACCAUUGAAACGUGUCGCCUCAAUGGCAAGGAUCGGAAUGUUGUGCGCCGCUUUGGCAAUCGGGAGAAGCCCCAGAAGAUCGAUGUCUUCGAGGACUACUUGUACAUCAAGCUAUAUGACCAGAGCAUCAUCAAAAUGAACAAGUUUGGCAACGACAAUGGCACCUAUUUGCUGAAGGGAUAUCGAUCGUCCGACAUUGGAAUUCUUCAUCCCAUGAAGCAGAAUAAAAAUAUUACCAAUCCCUGUGGAAAGGAUCCCUGCAAGGCCUCCCGUUCUCUUUGCAUCCUCUCCUCUGAAUCAUCCAGCGGCUAUAGUUGCAAGUGUGCUGAUGGCUUCGUCAUGACCGACGCGGGUCUCUGUACGGCCCAUGCGGACAUUCCAGGCUACUGCCCUCUGCAGUGCAACCUCGGAACCUGCCAGAUCGUCGACCACGAACCCAAGUGCAUCUGCCAGCCGCAGUUCGAGGGUGAGUUGUGCGAGCACUAUCGUUGCUCCGGCCACUGUCUUAACCACGGAGUGUGCACGGUGGCGCCGCAGUUGCCUGGCUCCUUUGAUCCACCGCCUCUGAAGUGCACCUGUACGGCCGGAUGGUCUGGAGCUCGGUGCGAGACAUCCAUGCCCGCUUGCCAAAGCCGCUGCCACAACGGCGGAUCUUGCCUUCUGUCCGAGACGGAGGGUAUGAAGUGCAGCUGCCCGGAAAUGUUCAUUGGCGAUCAAUGUGAGCACUGCCUGAAUCUCACCUGCGAUAAUGGCGGCAUCUGCCGGGAAACGCUCACGGGAAACCCGCAGUGCGAAUGUCCGGACGGAUUCACCGGAAAACGGUGUGAGAUUAACGAAUGCGCCGACUUUUGCAAGAACGGAGGCUCCUGUAUCAUCGGAAGCAAGGGUCAGCGUCAGUGCAAAUGUCCCAGCGGCUUCUUUGGGGAUCACUGCGAAUCCAGCUCUUGCCGGGACUUCUGCCAGAAUGGAGGCACUUGUUCGGAGCGUGGUCGUCGAUUGAGCUGCACUUGCCCGCCGCGUUACAUUGGAGAGACCUGCGAGUCGGACUUGUGUACGACUUCCAAUCCACCGCACUUCUGCGACUCCGCCAAGGUGCCCCUGCGAGAUCCCUGCACCGGAAUCAUCUGCCAAAACUCUGGAACCUGUCACGUCAUCAAAGGUGUGGCGUUGUGCAACUGCACGGAUCAGUGGAACGGUGAAUUUUGCACCCUGCCCGUUGGAGAUGAUAAUCCCUGCGCUCGCUUCUGUGCCAAUGGCGGAGUGUGCCACCUGGACGGGUACUCGCGUCCGCAUUGCAGCUGCAUAGGGGAUUGGCAGGGUAAUGCCUGCCACUUGCCUCCGUACUGCGUCGGCGGAGAGUGCAACGUCUGUCGUCCGGGCAGCUCCAUCAACGAGUGUCUCUGCGAAAACACCAAGGUGGUGCCCUGUCUGAUGGAUAGCGUGGAUGCUCUCAAGGGUGAGGAUCAAUCGACUGAGUCGGGUGGCGUGCUCUCUGUUAUGGCCCUGAUCUUGGCAGUGAUCAUGUUGGUUUUGGCCCUCUUCGCUGGCGCUGUUUACUUCCUAAAGAAACAUCGCAUAGCUCAACCAUUUUCGCAUGCCCGGCUCACGGACAAUGUGGAAAUCAUGCUCACGAAUGCCAUGUAUCGCGGUGAUGCCGACGAGGCGCCCACAUUCGCCAGUGAGGAUGACAAGGGCAACUUUGCCAAUCCGGUGUACGAAUCCAUGUACGCCGAUUCCAUUCCGGAGCCAGCUAGCACGGAAAUAGCUCACAGUACGGCUCCGGACGAGCGGAAGGGACUGCUGCAGCACACGCAUGACGAGAAUCAUACACCGGACAUACUCUGAUGAUUGACACGCCCCGAGCCAGAUCUGUGUUAGGCGCAGCCUUCUCCAAAAAAAAAAAAACAAAAUGAAAAAAAAUCAUAAUUAUUCUCAUUACCGAUUUGAACUCGAACAAUGGACUGAUAGCGUGUAGCCAUAUAACGAAUUUUUCGUAAACGUU